GAUCAAAUCAAUUAUAUAUAUACAUCCAAUUCUUUUGUUCCAUAAAUAUAUAUUUCUAUGGAGUUCUUCAACCGUAGCCUUUAUGUUGUCUUUCUUCUAUUCCUACUAUUUGUCAUUCCUUGCAGCUUUUCAAGUGAAAAAGUAGUGGAUGAAGGUUUAAUCUACGACAUAGAUUAUCGAGGACCGGAAACUCAUUCUUCCCAACUCCCACCUCCUUAUCAAUCUGGUGGUUGGCCUUAUCAUCAUGGCAAGAUCAAUGUUCAUAGAGGAACACUUAGUCAUCACAAAUCUCGAGAAGGUCAAGUAGUGACUUCGGGUGAGAAAGUUCUUGGAUGAAGAGAGAUUAGAUCGAUGAAUGGCAAAGGUGUGUCGACAUUAGUUAAUUUAAUUAUAUAUAUAUUGCCUAUGGUAAAAAAUGGAAUAAUUGAUGUAAUUAAUUAAUUAAUCAAGAGUGUUUAAUUACUUUUGUUUAUUAUGAUUCUCUGAACUGUCCAUCAUUUCGUAGAUGAAAGUAAAAAGAUAAACUCCCCCUUGUCUAAUUAUUAUUGUGUUCACUUUUUAUCUAUUUACUGAUUAAUUGAUGAUUUCAUCCUUAAAGUAUAACUCAUGAAGAUGAAAUUAAUCAAUUAAUUAAAGUAAAAAUAAGUUGAACAAAAUAAUUAUGUAGUUAAUUAAGGUUAUUGUAAUGUAAGACUGAAGAAUGGUAUUUGAUUGUGUAGAUAAUUAAGAUAAAUAUUUGGUUGUUAGUUUGUAUUUCAA